GAGUAACAUGUUUGGUCAUGUAACAGUUGUUUAUAAGAAAGGUGGAGGAACUUCACGUAUUUCUCUCAUCCUCCUCCUCUUCCUAUGUAACUGACGCCUGCAUGUGCUCUCUGCUCUUCUUGUUUGUUUUUUUUCUUUCCGCAAAGUCUUGAUCUUCUCUCUUUGUCUCCUUCCUUUUCCAAUACAAAUACUAAUCCUUUUCUUUCACCAAAAGUCAAUCAACACAUAAAUUAAACGCUUACACUUAAUUUAAUUAAUUAAAACCUCUCUCAAUUUCACCACCCUAACCCCCACCACCGGCCCCUACAAAAAUAGUAUAUGUCCCCUUCAUUAACAUGCCUAAUACUAGUACUACUUCUAGUAGUAAUUUUGAUUUGACUUACAUAAAGCUAAGGUUCUUCACAAAAGUCCGGCGGUUCCUUCAGCUUAGGGCAAAACCUAGCAAUAAGCCAUUAUUAUUUCAUCCGUCUGAUCAUCAAAUCAAUAAUUCAGAAAGUACUUUGACCGUUGUUAUUGAAGAAAGUGAAAAGGUGGAAAAGCUGGGUGAAAUGGGAAAAGAAGGUGAUAAUAAAGAUAAUGGGUGGAUGAUGGUUUUACAAAAAUCAGUGAAGAAACUUCACUUUGGGAGCUUGGAUGAAAAAGAGGUGGCUGUUAAAGAGAUAAAGAAGUUGGCUAAAGAGGAUUUGAAGAGAAGGAAAUUGAUGGCGGAGCUCGGCGUUAUUCCGCCGCUUGUCGCCAUGGUUGCUGGUUCUCAUCAGGCGGUGCAAGCAUUGAUUCAGCUUGGCAAUGGCUCUUUCACUAACAAGGCUCUGAUGGUAGAAGCAGGAAUCUUAUCAAAAUUACCCCAAAAAACAGACAACUUAGAUGGAAACACAAGGCAAGAAUUUGCAGAAUUGAUCUUGUCUAUAUCAUCAUUAGCCAAUACACCAUACAAUAUGGAUUCUUCCAGAAUUAUUCCAUUUGUAGUCAGCAUUCUUGAUUCAUCAAAUUCAAGUGUUGAGACCAAAUGUACAUGUCUAGGGACAUUGUACAACAUAUCAUCUGUGUUGGAAAAUUCUGCUAGUUUGGCAACUAGUGGAACAGUGACCACUCUAUUGAGGCUGUCUUCAUUGAAGGAAGCAUCAGAGAAAGCACUAGCCACAUUGGGGAAUCUUGUGGUCACCCUAAUGGGGAAAAAGGCGAUGGAGGAAAACCCGAUGGUGCCCGAGAGCUUAAUGGAGAUAAUGACAUGGGAAGAAAAGCCGAAAUGUCAAGAGUUAUCGGUAUACAUUUUGAUGAUUUUGGCUCACCAAAGUUCAAUUCAAAGGGAGAAAAUGGCUAAGGCUGGUAUUGUUCCAGUACUUCUUGAAGUGGCAUUGUUGGGUAGUUCGUUGGCGCAAAAAAGAGCGUUGAAGCUGUUACAAUGGUUUAAGGAUGAGAGGCAGAGCAAAAUGGGGCCUCAUUCAGGGCCACAAGUAGGAAGGGUGCCAAUUGAUUCAUCACCAAUGAGUCCAAGAGCUGUUGAUGAAAGCAAGAAACUAAUGAAGAAAAUUGUGAAACAAAGCCUUUACAAGAAUAUGGAAACCAUUACUAGUCGAGCCAAUGGGGGUAGUGAUUCUUCCAGGCUUAAGUCCUUAGUUGUUAGCUCAAGUUCUAAGAGUUUGCCUUACUAAGAGUAUUGAUCUUUUAAGCAUUUGAUGAAAUUAACAUCAUCUUGCACUGCUUGUGCAAUGUUCUACA